UUAAUCAGAAUGUUCAGAAGUAAAUAAACGAGACUAUUUCAUCGAGAAAAUCAGUUGCGUUAGUUGAUUUCUCUAGCAACAGAAGACAAAAGUAAAAUCGAAGACAUUGUUCCUUCCAUGAAACUGGCAAUAUAGAAAAAAAGAUGGAUUACUCACUCCAAGCAUUUAACCAAAUGAAGGAUGAGAAUGAAAAGCUCGAAACUUCUUUCAUGGAGUAUAAAGCACUAAUUACUGCAUGUCUAAAAGAAAAAUAUAAGCUUUUAUCUAACUAUUUAAAACAAAAUGCAGAAAUUGUACAAAAAAGGUUGGAAAAUAUCAGUGAUUUAAUUCAGAAGUACAAGGACGGAGCAAAGUUACUGAAAGAGAAAAAUAAUAAGUUACAGGCAGAAUUGGAUCGGCUAAAAACAAAGAGUCUGCAGAAAAAUUCACAAAAUCAAAGAAGUCCAACUUUACAUAAUAAUAUUGUUGACCCAAACGAAGCUUCUCAUGCGGGUACCCUGGGUGAAAUAAAAUUUCCAAAUCUAGUCAUCACAGAGAAUGAAAAACCGUCCGAUAAACAAGAAUAUGAAUCAGAUUUUGUGACCACAAGCGAAGGAACAAUACAAAUGCAAAAAUCGGCAACACAAAUCGAUGACUUAAUUUUUAAAAUUAGGCAAAUGAAAACUGAAAAAGAAAAGAUUCGAAAGGAUUUCUUGGACUACAAAAAGUUAAUGGAUUUAUAUCUUGAAAAAAGUGGCCUUCUUUUGCUGAAAACGAUAUGUCACAACACAGAAAUGCUUCUAAAUCUGAAUUUAAUAAAUCUUUCAACGGAAAACGCUAGAGAAAUCGCAAUAUGUAUGAUAAACGUUGGGAAAUACCUCAUGCAAAAUAUUAACUUAAAGCAAGAGAUAGCUCGACAAAAAGCGAGUGCAUUGGAAUAUGACAAUCCUUUGUUUGAAGGAAGUCAAUCCGAACAUUAUUUCUCUUGUAUUGUUAGUGACAUUAUUGACAUCCAGGACGUAGAUACUCAAACGGAUAUGCUGGAAGGAAUAGAAACUACAAAUACAAAAGAAUUGUCUCUCGAAACGGAAAAUAUGCUAAACUUAGAGAAAGAUUUAUCUGAAGAAAAAGCGAAUGCAGUACAAUAUGAAAUAGUUCAAGGAAAUCAAUCCGAAGAUUAUCUUUCUAGGCUUCUUAGGAACUUUAUUACUACUCAAGAUGCAGUUAGUCCAAUGGUUAUCGAGAAGAAUCUAGAUGCCGAAGAGUUAGAAAAGCCUCAAGACAUAAGUGAACAAAUAGUUCUCAAAUCUGCGGAAAAAAUCAGAAAAAAAAACAAAAUAUCCGAUGCAUCUCCUUGUGAUAUAUGCAAUCAAAUGUUUAAGACUAAAAGCGAGAAAAAGCGCCAUAUGACUAGAGAACAUCACUCGAAAAUAAAAAGAAAUGGCUCAAAAUUAUUUGAUGAUAAGGUUACAUACACCUGCGAAAAAUGUAACACAAAGUUUAAAUAUAAACGGCUGCUAAACGAUCAUAUUAAAAAAAUGCAUUCUGGGAAUAACAAAUUCAACUGCAAAUUCUGUACCGCGCAGACAACAACAGGUUACAAUUACCGAAGACACUUACUUCGAUUCCAUUCACAUGAAAAAGAUCCAGAAGUACAGGACUUAAUAAAGUCAUUUUUCUUAUCUGAGAAAAACAAAAUAUUUCCAGUAGCAAUAAACAGUAUCCCAGGGCUCCAAGGAAAUUUUAAUACGCCAUUCGCCAUUCUGGCAUAUUCGCCGUUCGUCAUUCUGGCAUACAGGAAAAAGGUUUGA